AUGGAUCCACAGCUGUGUCCUGACAAAUGGAGAAAGGGAACAGUUUACUCCACUUUGUUGGGGGGGGAAAAGCAACAACCAAAACGAAAAUCAAGUGAAAGUGGGACCCUGAAGGGGCAGAUCCAGGGUCAGAUUGCUCAGCAGAAAGCACAAGCAAAGGAGGUAAGUAACUUCGUUAAGGCCUGUAGAGUGAUGGAACAGAGGCUCGCUCAGGACAUCCGAACACUGAAGGGACACUGGGAAAAAUAUGGUUACCAAGCUCCCAGUGACACCCAGAGAACAACCAAGGCCGAAGGUCAGGAGUCAGAAACUGAAGAUGAAAUAGCAGAUGAGAAUAAAACCAAAUCAGCGAGAGGAGAGAGGGGAAGCCAGGAGGAGGCUGGAGGUAAUCACUUCACAUCGCCUCCGACAGCGGGACCGCCAUCAUUUAUUAACUUGCUGCAAACGCCGCAGCUCUCUGACUUUGGUCUGUCUGAGAUGCAGCUGAAGAGAACUCUGGCCGGGUGCUCUGAAGUGCCUCCUAUGCCUGAAAUGAGCCUCCCUCACCCCUCACUCAACACGCCCGCACCCCCGCCCAUGUCCUUAACCCCCAAAUGUGCCCUGCGGAUGGAUGACGAUGAGUUACAGACACCUCAGAUGUCUGACUUUGGCAUUUCAGAGCACACAAUGUGUCUGAACGACUUCACUAUGGAUCUGCUCCGGAAGAAUGUUGAAAAGCCCCAAAGACCACCACAAGACAUGCCUGUAUCACCAGAAAACACUCUAAUGGACAAUUUACACAAACAAGCACAUAACUUGGAGUCCCCAGAGCCACCUGUGUUUUGCACCCCGGGGUUCAAGAUCAAAAAGACAAACCUUCCCCGCUCCCCACUUGCUCAAAGAAAUGGUGACCCAGAAUCCCCCGAACGCCUUAAAAACCUGCCCACCACCCCCGAGAUCCCAGCAUUUAAAACCCCAUACGUUCACCGACUUGUCAGCAACAAAAAGAGUGCACAGCUGCCUGAGCCGAUCAUCAUGCAAGCUGACGAGGAAACCGAGACCCGUGAACUUUCAACACAUUGUAAACGCCCAUGGGAAUAUGAAGUGCCAGAAAUAUCCAUCAUGGGUGUUGAGGACAAUCAGAUGCCAGAUAUGCCAAACCUGGAGUCUGAUUUGGGAAAUUCUUUACAAACUGGAAGUGCAAAAAGGCCCAGGAAGACUUUGAAGCAUAAAAAGGUGACCAAGGAGCCCGUUGUCCACAACCUGGAGCUGGACGGACCCACCCAGGAGUUCAGCUUGGGGACACCUCGCAUCAGGAUGGACUACCAAGACCCCAGCACCCCAGAGAUGCCAGACCUCAGCUCUGUAACACAGGACAUCUGUAAACUUGUGUCCCAGGCUCAGUUAAAGAAGACUGCCAUGGCGGUUGUGCUCCCAAACCGAGCUGCGAGUCUGUCUGCGGUGUCGGAGAGCGAGUUCCAGAGUUUACCCAGUUACAUGAGGCAGAUGACUCUGUCCAACCUCAACCUGGCAAUCCAAAACAUCAACAAAUUCACGGCGGAGAGUCGAGGAGGACAGACAGAGUUUCUGAUGGAGGAGCUGAGAGCGAUGUGCUCGGUUGGGACCAAGACCCCGGUGUACGUCCUGUGUCUCACGGAGCUCGGUAGGCUGAAGCACGUGUUAGGGGUCGGGAACAACUCCACGUACAGACUGUGCACUCACAACUAAAAGUGACUCGGAUACGUCACAGUUUUAAUGAGAAUAUGUCAUCCGGACUCUCAAGAACCUGCUCGUACAUCUCCUUUUUUUUUUCCUGUAUUAUAAAAUUAUUUUUCAUUUCAUUUUUCAUUAUUUUUGCAAAAUUAUUUACAUCACUUUGUAGCAGUCCGGAGCUUGAUAAAAGAGGCACAUGGAUAUUAUGUAAAGUAGUUUGUAAAAAUAACUAAAUAACGUGUUAAUCACAGAAAGGUACAUUUUUAUGCACACAUUUACACUAUUCACGUGCAAAUCAUUCAUAAAGUUAAUUAUAGAAGGGCCUCUGAAACCACUGUUGGUGAGGUGAAUUGGUAAUAAGGGAAACUGUCUCGUCCAAUUCUGUAUCGUCAUUUUGUUUAAAAUUUGAAAAUGAAAAUAAAGGAUUUCAUUGUGCAACUAACCCUUUGAAUCAAGUCAUUCAGAUCACUCAUGGAAAGUGAUUUAGUGGCUGCCAUGCAUUCA